AUGAGACUGCUAACUGCCGGGCUACAUGGCCGAUUGGCAAUUCUGCAAUUGGCACAGUUUAGACAACUUUCUAGUACUAGUCCCUGUAAUGGUCCUAAAGCUGUAAAGUUUCUAAAAGCACAAAGAAAAAGACAACUCAAUCAAGCCAAACAAUUGAAACUAAAAACUGCCUUAGAUACGGUAGACCCUGUGUUUGGACGUAAUAAUACGCCGUUUAUAGUUCGCACGCUCGCGGAAUUGAAAGAGCCUAAAGUUUUGGCGCAGGGUUUUGAAGGUCAAGAUGUUGAAAAGUUGUUGGCCUCCGUCGAAGCGGCAAAAAAGGAACAAAUGGACCUAGCUGGAUUCAACAACGCAUCUUUAAUAUCAGAAAGUGCUGAAACUGCUCUAGAAAACGCAGAACUGAAAAGAGAGUCAAUACUGAGAAUACUAAGCAUGAGGAACGCUUCCAAUAAAGACGCCAUGAAAUUAGUUGUGCGCCAAGCUAGAGAAGAAUUUCAGAGGUUUGACGGCGACACCGGAUCGAGUGAAGUACAAGCUGCAAUUAUGACUGUGCGUAUCCAAAAUAUGGCUAAGCAUGUCCAGGAAAAUAAAAACGAUAACAAAAAUACCAGAAUAUUAAGGAUGCUUGUACAACAAAGGCAGAAUAUUCUGAGGUAUUUGAAGCGGGAUAAGCCAGAAAGAUAUUUCUGGACAAUACAGAAGCUAGGUCUAAGCGACAACGCUAUCGCAAGCGAAUUUAACAUGGACAGGCGAUACAUGCAAGACUACAAAUUUUUCGGUGAUCGUAUUCUAAUCAAGGAUUCCAAAAAAGUGGCAGACCAAAAACGUAGGGAUUUGCGGAAACAGAGAAGGUCUGCCAAAAGAGCACAGACUUAA